AUGGCUCCAAGUAAGAUUAGAAGAGCCCUUGGGGCAGUAAAGGACCAGACGAGCAUAGGGCUAGCAAAAAUUGGCAGCAGCACCUCACUGUCAGAUUUGGAUGUAGCCAUUGUGAAGGCAACAAUGCAUGAAGAGUACCCAGCAGAGGAGAAACACAUUCGUGAAAUCCUAAGUUUAACAUCAUGUUCUAGGGUUUACAUAAGUGCAUGUGUGAACACCCUCUCAAGGAGGCUGAAUAAAACUAGAAACUGGAUCGUGGCAUUAAAGACGCUUGUGUUGAUCCAACGAUUACUUGCAGAGGGAGAUUCAGCAUAUGAGCAAGAGAUUUUCUCUGCGACAAGACGAGGGGCUAGACUUCUCAAUAUGGGUGAUUUUCGUGAUGGUUCGCUUUCAACUUCAUGGGAUUACUCAGCAUUUGUGCGUACUUAUUCAUUAUAUCUUGAUGAAAGACUUGAGUUCAGGAUGCAAGGACGUCGUGGGAAGCAAAGUGCUUUGGUAAUCGAUGAAGAAGGCGAAGAUGUUGAGACAACACAUUCAAGAGUCACGCCAGUUCGGGAAAUGAAGACUGAUCCUUUAUUUUACAGGGUAGAAUAUUUGCAACAACUUCUUGAACGCUUUUUGGCUUGUCAACCAACAGGUGGAGCAAAACAUAAUAGAGUUGUGAUGGUUGCUCUUUAUCCAAUAUUAAAGGAAAGUUUCCAAUUAUAUUAUGACAUAACAGAAAUAUUAGGAAUCUUAAUUGAUUGUUUCAUGGAGUUAGAGAUACCUGACUGCAUCAAAGUUUAUGAUAUUUUUUGUCGUAGCUCAAAGCAAUUUGAUGAACUGGAUAACUUCUAUUCAUGGUGUAAGACUGUUGGCAUUGCACGCUCUUCAGAGUACCCUGAAGUUUUGAAAAUUAAACAAAAGAAACUAGAUCUCAUGGAUGAAUUUAUAAGAGACAAGACUGAAGUGGCCCAAACUAGGCAAGUUAUAACUUACGAAUCAAACAAGGUUGAAACCAAAGACGAUAUCAAAGAACCAGAUGAAAAUGAUAUUGAUAUGAAUUCAAUAGUGGCACUACCAUCACCUGAGGAUUUCACUGAAGCACAAGCAGAAGCAGAAGCAGAAGUAGAAGCAGAAGCAGAAGCACAAGUUCAAGGAAAACCUGUAGAGAAAGAGGAAACACAAGAAAAAGAAGCUGAUUUGUUGAACUUGGGUGAUGAUGCGCUAUCAGCAGAAGAACAUGGAAAUCAAUUAGCCUCAGCAUUGUUUGAUGGUGGUGCAACAGCAGGACCUGCAACUGCAACUGCAACAACAACUUCUUUGUGGGAAGAACUCAGUGAUAAUACAACAAAUUGGGAGACAACACUAAUCCAAUCUGCAAGUAAUUUACACAAUAAAAAAACAACUCUUGCUAGUGGUUUUGAUAUGUUGUUACUUGAUGGUAUGUAUCAACAAAGAGAAGCAAAUUUAGCAAUAUCAACUUUAGCUAAUAAUGUAGCUAGCGGUAGUGCUAGCAGUGUUGCUUUUGGAUCAGCUGGAAGGCCUGAAAUGUUAGCUCUACCAGCCCUAUCAUCAAUAAUAGAAAAUAACAAUACAACAUUACCCAACGCAGACCCAUUUGCAGCUUCUCUCGCAGUUGCUCCACCAUCAUAUGUGCAAAUGUCAGAUGUGGAAAAGAAAAAGCAGUUGUUGAUGGAGGAGCAACUAAUGUGGCAACAAUAUGCGAGGGAUGGAAUGCAAGGACAACUUGGACUAGCAAAGCUACAACCUAAUUCGUACAACAUCGGGGGUUACUAA